AUGUCCACUGACUGCGAGGAGGCCGAUGCCACUCAUCCCUCAACACCAACGAAACAAACCGACAACAAAAAACGAAUUAAGGCCAUACUUUUUGGAUUGGAUGGUCUGAUCCGAAAUAUCAAUGAUAUCAAUUAUCAAGUAUGGAAUGGUAUUUUGACCGAGUAUGGUUAUGAUUUAAAUUUUCAAGAAUACUUGCAAAUAUUUCUAUUCCUUCAUGAGAUGUAUGUCUUGUUCCAACUGCUGCCAUACAAUACUGCGGAUGAACAUUUGGAAAUUGCCAAACGAAAACAAAAAGAAUUUGUAAAUUUCAUCACCAAACAAAAUGUCUUGUCUACGGCCUCCUUAUCGGGAAUGGAAAAAUUACUGGAAUCGAUCAAAAAGCAUAAUGAAUCAACAGAAGAAGAGGAAAACAAAAUUGUGAUUGGAGUGGUGUCUGACUUGUCUAACACGGAAACGAAAUGCUUGUUGGAAAAGUUAAACCUCUUUGACUACUUUGAUGUGGUCUUGUCGAGUUACGGCCUGAAGAGACCAAAACCUGAUCCAUCCAUUUACAAGGUUGCUCUCGAACAGUUAAAAGUUGAUCCCGAUGAAUGCAUUGUUUUUGAGGGAACGACACAAGGAUGUCUUGCCUCAAUGCGAGCUCUACAAAAUUCCAAUGUGAUUGGCAUUAACUGUAACGAUAUCUCUAAUGAAAUUGACUCUAAAGAAAUGUUUGACAAUGGAGUGAAAACUAUUUUAGAUAAUUUUGAAGGCCUCGAAUUGUCUCAUCUCGAAUUGAUGAUUGAAUAG